AUGGACCUGAAAUCAAACCAUACUUCUCCUGUUCUCACUGAUCCUGCGCCUUUAGGCAAGUCAAGACUUGGCGUACAUUCCAGUCUGUUAACAUAUUCAGGGUCAGGAACAGCUUUUCCAGCACUCUUAACCAUCCCUAGGAGGAAGAAUGGAUUUCUUGAUGAUGUUCGCUCCAGCUCUUGGCUUGAUGCUAUGAAAUCUUCAUCGCCUCCUCACAGAAAGAUAACUAAGGAUGUUAACAAUGACUCUCCAGCAACUGAGUAUGAUAUUGCCUAUCGCACAUGGAUGGUUAAGUAUCCAUCAGCUCUUACAUCUUUUGAGCAAAUCACUAAUUAUGCCAAGGGCAAAAGAAUAGCAUUGUUUCUCGAUUAUGAUGGGACUCUUUCGCCAAUUGUAGAUAACCCUGACUGUGCCUUUAUGUCUGAUGCUAUGCGAAGGGCUGUAAGAAGAGUGGCAAAACAUUUCCCAACAGCAAUAAUUAGUGGAAGAAGCCAUGACAAGGUAUACGAGUUUGUUGGACUAAAUGAACUAUAUUAUGCUGGUAGUCAUGGGAUGGACAUAAUGGGCCCUGUUAGACAGUCAGUAGUUGGUGACCAUAGACAUGGCUUUCAGUCUACUGACAGACAGGGCAAGGAUGUUAAUCUGUUCCAGCCUGCAGCAGAGUUUUUACCUAUGAUUGGCGAGGUUCUUAAAUCCCUAGUAGAAACUACCAAAGACAUUGAAGGAGCUAAAGUUGAGAAUAACAAGUUCUGUGUCUCUGUACACUACCGCAAUGUAGAUGAGAAGUAUUGGGCUGUAGUUGCACAGCGUGUUCAUGACAUUCUUAAAAACUACCCACGCCUGCGGUUGACUCAUGGACGGAAGGUUUUAGAGGUCCGACCAGUGAUAAAUUGGGAUAAAGGGAAGGCAGUCACAUUUUUACUUGAAUCUCUUGGGCUAAGUGAUUGUGAAGAUGUGCUCCCAAUAUAUAUUGGAGAUGACCGCACAGAUGAAGAUGCAUUCAAGGUUCUGAGGGAAGGAAACAGGGGUUAUGGCAUUUUAGUCUCUGCUGUGCCAAAGGAAAGCAAUGCAUUUUACUCACUAAGGGACCCCUCAGAGGUGAUGGAGUUUCUGAAGUCACUGGUGAUAUGGAGGAAGUCAAGUGCUCUAUAAAUAUGAGAUACUAAUACAAUAGAGAAAGAGGAGACAGGAUUGUUGGCCUGAUUCAUUAUACACGAUGUGAUGAAGCCAAAGCCAGCCCGUCGUUUUUUUUGACUUGUCUAGAAUGCAAAAGUAUACUAAGUUUUUGGAAUAGUAGGAUAUAUUGCAUAGAAGAAGACCUUUAUUAUGUCAUCAAUAUCGAAGAUGUUGGUGGUGCCUAAUUGAGUCCGUCUAUCUGUCUCUGCUCAAAGCUUGCUUUAAUUUGUAAAUUCCUUGCGUUUAUUUGUAUCUGGGCCUUCUAUAUUUAUGCCAAAGGAAUGCCAUCAUUAUUUCUUUCUUUUAUUUCUUUGUGAAGGCGAGGUUCAUCCUCACUUCUGAGAUGUAUUAUUCACUUCUUUUUCCUUUUCGAUUUUGGUUCAAGUAUAUUGUCUCCCUCGUGAGGUUUCUACAGAUAUCUAAUUUAUUCCUUGAUUA